CAGCUUCUGUGUAUUUAAUGUCAAAAAACAAAAUCAUCUGUUUGAUGAGUUGCCUAUAAAUAACUCCCGAAAUAUCAAAGACUGGUCAACUUAUACAGAUGAGGAAUAUGUUGAAUAUGGCCAGCCAAUGAAGGUAGGCUAUUUUUAAUUAAUUAAUUAACCGGUGUCAAGUGAGAGCGCCACGAGACGCUGUAGCGCACACGAACCUAGGCAACGAAGUGAGGAAGGGAGAACGAGCGAUGGUGAACCAAUGAAAAGGCGCCUAAAUCUAAACUGGCUCUGCUUUGCUAACAUUUCUUUCCGGAUCGGUUUGUGCUGUCCAGGCGCGACAUCCAGAGGACUCCGUCUGGGUGCGUGCAUCUGUCCAAACGGAAAAAGACGGAGGAAGACAUUAGGUAAUCUUUCCUCAGGACUUGUGCUACAAAACAACUACAAAACAACUCCAACCUUUGCAUUCAAUCAGCCCCGGACCAUUACUGAAAGCUUCCACCUGACUGAGGAGGACAGUCAGUCUUGCUUCUGGUACAACAUCCUGGGAUAUCUUUAUUUUACUCCUCCCAUCCAGCAGUUCUUAUCCACCUAUUUUGAUCACAACAUGGGGGGGAGGGUGGAGUUUACCACCACUGACUUCUGAGAAUCCAUCCUGUGAGCUCAUCUGGUUUUGAACCUUGCUGCGUUGCGUUCCCAGUCCAUUUGUCCAAGUAACCCGCACCAUCUGGUGUGUUUCUGUUGAACACCUUGAGGAACUAACCAAGUAGGACUAGUACACUGCUACAGGGUGACCUGAAAACAGGCCCGGUUAGGAGAGAAAUGAAAGGAGUCUUAUAGCUUGGGAAGAACACACACAUGUGGCCUCUGAGGGGGCUGUGCAGUAGCCGUUGGUGGUUUUCUCCCAGAGCUGUAAAGGCUGAGGUGAUAUCUCUCCAUUUAACCUCCCUGUGUGGAGAAAUCUGUUCCUGUAUCCUCCUCACGCAUGUUGAAGGCUGACCGGGACUCAGCCAGCCUUUCUUAUUUAUCUGUCUACCCUGACCUUUUUCUCCCAUUACCACGUAUCUUCUUGCUGUCUCUCCACCACACCCAUUCCUGUCACACGCACUCUCUCUACUCUGACAAUCAACAAUGCUUGCAUACCAAUUUGACUUUCAUUUGUCGCAACCCAAGCCACCAGAGCCCGAGUGGAAACACUGACAUUUGGAGUGCAGCGUGGUGUCUGUUGCUGUGUGGACCGUUCCAAACCUCCACCCCCACCCCACCCCACGACCCCCUGGCAAUGGUCCUGGCUGUAAAUGUCACAGUGCUGGCUGGCUGAAUCAUCCAUAGGGUGGCUUUCCACGGGCCAGCCAUCUCUGUGGGAACCUCACUGUGUCUCAGGGAACAGACGCUACUUCUCAGCUCUAGGCAGACCCUGACAGCUGCCUUAUGGGAUUUCCAGUUUUGGUUUAAUUAGAAAGAUUCAGUCCGACCCCGAGACCCCAUUUGCAUUAUACUUGGAGGGAACUUGCAUUUAAAUAUAUUUUUUUGGUUGUCGUUUUGUUGUUACCCUCUUCACUGGAUUCAAAUAGCAGCUGGAGACCAGGAGUAUUUGAAUGCAGGUUUUUACCAAGUCAUUGUGCUGGAUUACACAGGCCCUGUAAGGGUCACGCCUUGUAGGUUUUUCCCUCAGUUUUUCUCCAGGACCCUCUCCCACUUGACACUAACAUUUCACAAGGAUAAAGCCAGGCACACACGUGUACAAAAUCUCCUUUUAGAAUAUUCACGCCAAUCCCAUGGAAUUCUCACCAAUGUAAGAAGCCCACGAAUACAGUGAUAAGGGAAAGAUAGCGUAGAUGGCUUCCCCGCAAUAAAUCAAUUGGUGGGGUGGAGGCAUCCAGUGGUGUUGGGGGGGGAGGGGGGCAAGGCGGUCAGUUGCGCUUUCACUCUUUCUCCAUCCCAAUCUGGUUGAGACAGGGCGUCAGGGGGUGGGGCAGAAAUACCGGACGCUGACCCACAGUGCUACUUAGUUUUCGUUUUUUCGUUUUUAGUUUGCCUGUUGUUUUACACCCCCACCCCCCCCACGCUGCCUGUGUGUAAUGACCCGUCAGCACUGUCAGCCUCAGGAGAGAUGCCCGUACUUGAGAUGGCAGUGAGCCCAGUCAAAUCCCUAUGCUGGGAGGUAUUCCCCUCCAUGUCCACGUGCAGGGUCUACUGUAGCCCUGUGUUCCUGGACGGCCUUCUCUACGUACUGGGGGGCUGCAGUGAGACAGGUCUGCCUCUAGACACCGCUGAGGUGUUGGACAUAGAGAGCCAGACGUGGACCCAGCUACCGCCGCUCCCCACAGCUCGAGCAGGGGCAUCGGCUGUGGCCGUAGGAGGUCAGGUCAUGGUGAUGGGGGGGAUGGAUGGCCAUCAGAGCCCCCUCUCCUCCGUGGAGGUCUACAAUCCUGAUGAGGGAAAGUGGGAGAGAAGGGCCAGCCUGGGACAGGCUUCCAUGGGCGUCACCUCCGUAGAGAAAGAUGGGAAGGUGUAUGCUCUGGGAGGAAUGGCGGCAGACAUGACUCCUCAGGCUCUGGUGAGGGUCUACGAACCGGUGAAGGACCAAUGGCAACCCCUGACCUCUAUGCCCACGCCCCGCUAUGGAGCCGCCUCUUUUGUAAAGGGCAACAAGAUCUACGUCCUGGGUGGGCGACAGGGCAAGCUUCCUGUCACAGCCUUCGAGGCCUUUGACCUGGAAGUGAACAGCUGGACCCGUUACCCGUGCAUCCCGAGUCGACGGGCCUUCUCGUGCUGCGCUGCCACGGACCGAGGAUUCUUCAGCCUGGGGGGGCUUCAGCAGCCUGGCCCCCACAACUUUUACUCUAGACCGCACUUUGUCAGCACGGUGGAGGAGUACGACUCAGAACAGGGUAUCUGGAUCAAACCAACCCGGGCCUCCAAGAUGAGAGAUAAAAGGGCAGACUUCGUGGCAGGGUGUCUUGGUGGAAGAGUCAUUGUUGCAGGUGGACUAGGUAACCAACCAUCACCCCUGUCAUCGGUGGAGAGCUACAACCCUAUGAAGAGGCGUUGGGAGUAUGCUACCCCCAUGCCCAGCCCUCGCUGCUCCUGUUCACCCCUGCAGACCCCUAACAUGCUUUUUCUCAUUGGGGGCGUGGCCCAGGGACCCAGCAACGCCGUGGAGGCCCUUUGUUUCAGAGAAACUGUGUGACACACAAACAGAAGAUGCAGACUAAGGAUGCAAACUCAUUUUGGGUGUAAAGGUAAUAGACACUCAUCCAAAUGUAGUGUUUGCCUUUGUAGCUUGGAGUUGGUCCACAGGAUCAAGGAGAGUGACCCAGGCGCAGGAUCAAAGGACAGAUGAAAGACUCUUCCACACUUGGGAGACAUCAAACAAGUUAAAGACAUAAGCAAAAAAACAACACAACACAAUUUUAUUUUGAUUCCAGUCAAUUCAGGAAGUAUAUUAGAAUUCUUAUUCUCGUCAUUGCUUUUCAAUGACAGUAAAAUGGAUUUCGAAUUGGAAUUGGUUUUCUUCAUGUAGACACACACAUACACCCAUAUAGAGGGACACUACAGAAGACACGCCUUUGAGCUUUGCAGCAUUUUUCAGUAUAAAAGCAGGGUAUUUUUGUGGAAACUAAGGAGCUUAGGGCCAUAAUGUCUCAUCACAGCAGUGUUAGCUGUGGUGGCUUAAAAAACAUUUUAUCACCUUACAAAAUAGAGAGUUUAGGAUACAAUAAGUAUAUGAGUGUGUGUUUUGCUACCUUCACAGCCAUGCAUGUGGAAAUAUAGCACUGUUAUCAAUGUGGUGUUAAAAUACCACAGUCUUGAAUUUAACCUCUAGAAUGGCAGGCCAAUUCCUGCACUGUAGCAUCCUGAUACAACAAAUCGCUUUGGAAAAUGACAAAUAACUAAGAUUUGUCUAAGUUCACAAAAUGCUUGAAGUCAUCACGGUCUCUCUAUGUGUACUGCUUUCUCAGUCAGGGAGAGUAGAAUCUACCUAACUUGAGUGCAGCGCCAGAGGGUCACGUUGCUUUUUCUCCAGUAAAGCAAUUUGAUGUGAAACAAUGAUUAUCUAUGUGAAAUACAAGGUGUUCUGGCACAGCAAAAGAAAAUAAAUUUGGGGAAACCCAAUUGAUUGUGGGACAUACAUAUAGGGUAUUAUGGGGUAACUACCCCCCCAAGAACAUUGUCUCCUUGCGGACACAAAAAUGAAAACCUUGGGGAAGAAAUGGUAUGUGGAUGAUGAUUAGGCUUAGGAGAAUAAACUAUAAGGGAACCAAAUGGAUGCAGUAUAUACUUUUUUAGAUAUCUGAUUAAAUUUAGUUUUUAGAAAAUAGUUUUAUUUUUUCUACUGGGGUAACUGGACCCUGAUGGGAUAAAUGGGGUAAAUGUAAGUAAUAAUAAUUACAGUUAGCAAGUUACCCCCACUACCUUACUUUUAUGUGAUAAAUGUCUGUUGCGGGUUUUGCAGGUUACUUUUUAAAAAAAAAAAAACUCUGUAGAUGGUUCAGUGGCUUACUGUACAAGCCAACCAUCUUUGGAGAUUAAAUUGGAAAUAGUCCAAUUUAAAACCAGCAGCAGACAAAAUGUAUAUUGUAUGUACCCCAAUUGAUUGGGAUUCCCUUUGUGUUUUUGUUCCAUCAAAUUGCUUCUGUGGGGUGAGAGGCAGUAUAACCCUCUGACACUACACUCACUGACAGAGAGUUGUGUGCAAAGAUAGACAGUCCAACAUCUAUUUCUAGUCUUUUAUUGGGGGAAAUAAUUAUACCUCGAUGAAGGAAAUGUGAAAGGCAAUGGAACUGUAGGUACUACACACAAUGUAUAUAUUAUUUGGCUGAUAGCUGAAAAUAUUGAGGAAGAGAGAGAUCACAAUAGUGUGUGUGUUUUAGAGUUGUUCUGAGCAGUAUAUCAAUAGUUCUGAAUGAAAGUUGACCAUGCCAUCGUUGUUCAGCCUUGCCCUCUUAAUGAACCGAUACGAAGCUCAUGGAGGAACCGGAGUGGUUUUAGAGCUACAUGUUGUAGGAUGGUGUUGUUGCUGUUAGAAAAAAUAUUUUUUUAAAUAUAUAUUUUUUUUAGUGUUUUCUCUUCUUUGUCACUGUACAAGUAGUUAUUCCAUGGAUCCUGAUAUUUUUGGAUGUCCUCCUAACCCAACCAACUUCUACCCAUACACGUUCUGGCUGUGGCAUCUGCCUGUCUCUGUGACAGAAUCUAUUGGUUCAUGACUUCAUGACAUAAUUGCUGUCUUGAUGAAGGUGUAGACGUCAACGCAGAGGCUGGGGGUGGUCUGGGGCUGGCCUUGGGCGAGGGGGGCGGGGUAAAAGCUGGUCCGUGCCUGGUCUUUGGCCAGGCCUGCGGGGGUGCCCUUUGAUGUGUUACACUUCAGGCUGUUUAUUAUGGCAGCGCUCGUGUCUGGUUAAGUGUUGUUGACAUGAGAUAGGAGAAGGAUCAACGAAAGGAAGGACGUGUCCACAUUACACAGUUAUUUCAUUACUAAGCAUGUGAGGAGUUUUAGAUUUUAUAUUUUUUAAAGUGAAGCUGUUUGGAUGUGAUAGAAGUUUUAGGUUGUAAAUAGUGUGCUGGUAUACAUCCUGGCUAACACUUUAUAUGAGAGUUGUCCCUGCUGAAUUCCGGGCGGUCUGUGCAUACUCAUGGGGCAUAGUCUCAUUCUACAGUGAAGAAAAGCAUUGACGUCAACACCUUCAUCAAAUGUCCAGAAGUUAUUCGAGUAACAAGAUGAUUUCGCCAAAUCCAAAGAGAGGAUUAGUAAGCACUUGUAGCAUGUACAAAGAAUCCUACUGUAAAGGCAGAGACAUCACAGUAUCAUGGACCAUAUUGCCACCACUUAAUAUUCAUAUUUAACUUAAAUUCCAGUGUUUUGCUUUUACAUAAUGUUUAACAUUUCUUUUGUUUUGCUUUUUACAUAAUGUUAUAGUUUUAUCCCCUCCCCAAACCGUAUACACGCACAGAAACACACACACACACACACAUACAGUACAUAAUGCAACCACACGCUCCCACCAUCACAUACAUAUUUUCUGAUUACCUUGUUGAUGAUGUCAUUGACUUGUACCCUUGGGGACUGCAGUGUCUUUCCAAAUAUUCUUCAGUUCCAGUUGCUACAUGUUCUUCUGGCUACUGUAUGUGGAGAGCUGUGUUUGUUUAAGCCCAUGGACUCACCACAGUUAUCUCUGGCUUGCUGGCAACACGCAUAAAAUGAUACCACACAAAUAUAUGUACAUACGUAAAUACUGUAGAUUAUCAGUGGAGAGAGAAUGCUGUAUUCUUUGGCACCCUGUAGAAAGCCCGGGGUCUGCUCUGGGGAGAUCUCUGCUUUUGAGUACAGUUCAUUUAAGACAGUGCACAUGUAUCCUCAAGGCAUUCUAUGAGGCAUCUCUUUCAACAGAGAAACUGACAGUUUCCCAGCUAAAAUAAUUUUUCGCAUGUGCUCCUCUGGCAUUGACCUGACAGAUGACUCAACAACGUAUGGCUGUUUACUCCAGUUGUUUACUCUAAUAGCAUAGUGGGAGGAUUAUCAACAAAGUAAAAAGGGUUUAGAGCAUUCCCAUUCCCCAUUUGCUCUCUAUAGCAGUCUGAGAGACUCAGGUUUUCUGUAUAACAUGCCUCUCUGCCUUUCCUUCGUAGGAUUAAAAAAGCUCAUUCCAUACGUUACAUAUUUCCACACUUGGCUAAAUUUGAUUAGACGUCCUUUUAGAACUGUGUCUUAUUUGUACCAUCAAAGCCUCUUUUUCUCUGCGAUUGUGCUGUGAACGGUCGCUAUGUCACAUCCGCAAGUAGCAUUACCGUGUUAGGCAGUGAAGUGUUAUUCAUUUUUAUUCAAAACUAUAUUACUAUUUAAAUCAUUUGUAUUCUCU